CGCUGGUCAACUUUCAAAAGAUAUUCUUGAUUUACAUAAUAUUUUAGAUAAGUUUUGUGGCCUUAAAAAAGUUGCCAUUAUUAAUGAGUCUGAAAUAAAUAAACUAUUACACCAAUAUGGUUGUUCAAUUUCCGGUGGUGUGAAAAAAAAUAAAAAUCUUAUUUCUGGCUUAUUAGAACGUACUGUAAUCGAGACCAUUAUCAAAAAAUCCAAUGAAUACUUGGAACUUCAAGAACACAAAGGAGAAAUCGAAUGGGGUGAUCAAAAUUUGGAAAUGAAAAUAGUUAAUACAACAGAACAGUUGUUGAGUUUGACUAAAUCAAUUCCAGAAUAUCGUACAGGAACUGAUGCAGUUAGCAAAGCUAUUUCGACAAAAUUACGUCAACAAAUUUACGGUGUUCUCGGGAAUCGUGGAUUUUCUAAUAUUGGUGAUAAAGAGCAUCCUUUAAUUGUAAAAUUAAGAUCCGAAAUAAAUGACUUAAUGAAUUGUUAUCGAACAAUUACAAAUGAAGAAAAAUUAUCAGAGAAUGAAGCUAUGAUUAAUACUAUAAUCCGACAAGUAAUUAAUAUAUUUUUGUUUAGAUUAAAAGUACAAGAACCUGUUGCCGAAUGGAAAUUCUUUGAAAACAAGUCAAGUAUUAAUACAAUUAUGAUGGAGGCUUCUUGGGACAGUGAAGAUUUAGAAGAGAUAUAUGUCGAUGUUUGUGCGUUUCCGGUUAUUGGUUCUAAUCUUUGUGAUGCUAAUAAAGAGGAUAAAAAUAUGAAAGUAAUAUUUCCUGCGCGAGUUAUCCCUACCAAAGCUACAUCAUUCACUAGAAAUGCUAGGAUAUCAAACAAUCUAGAUAAUAUGACAGAUACCAAAGAUUGGGACAUACUAAAUUCCAAGGAUGAGAAGCACAAAACGGGGAUCGAAUAUCGAACUAUAGGAGUUGAAAACAAUGAAUAUGCGAGACAAAAUGACAAUGGUGGAGGGUGUCAAAUGACGAGAACGGAACAAGACGGGCGAAGAAAUUAUGCGACAGUGGCAAGAAAUGCACAUGUGGUGGCAGACGGUAAAGAUGGAAGGUAUCAAAAACAAAUAACAGAAGGUACUGAAUCCUAUGGAUAUGGAGUACCAACCGACAGUAAUGAGAGAUACUCAACAACUAGGAUGGAAGAUAAUAAACAACUGGAAUUAAAACGUCAGACAACAGGAAGAGAUACCGAAUAUCAGGGAGGUAGGAUACCAAAUAGCAGAAUGGGAGACACUAAACAACAGGGAGGGGGAUAUCUAACUAUG